AUGCUCUCCGGUUUGGCAUUCUAUCCGUCAUUAGGUUAUAACCUACUCCGUAACUACUUGCAACCACACAAAUGGACAUGGUAUAAUAGAGUAGAUGACACAUUACUGGUGGGAGCGUUACCUUUCAAGUCUAUGCAGGAAGAACUCAUACAAAAGGAAAACGUUGGUGGCGUCGUGUGUUGCGUUGAAGAUUUCGAGUUAAAGUAUGCUUAUAAUGCUAUACAAAAGGAGGACUGGAAAGCUGCCGGUGUAGAAGUGCAUGACAUUCCGAUGACUGAUUUCUUUGGUUCUGCCGGUAGAGCCCAGGUUGAUUCCGCAGUGCAGUUCAUUGACUCAGUAGCCUCUAGAGGAAAAUCCGUUUAUGUGCACUGUAAGGUAAAAUUUCUGGAAUUUAUUUUUUUGCUUGCUAACUGCACAAGUGGAUCUGUAAGAAGGCGACUGUGA